CAUAGACCUCAACUUUGAAUUCCAUGACAACAAUCGACACCCAAUACCGACUCGUCAGUGGUAAUUUGCGGAUAUGAGAGACUAAAAACAAACUAGAAGCUCAUGAAGAAACUCACCUUUGUCCAUUCAUGCAUUGCCUAGCCUGUUUUUGGAAUCUCCCCUUGGCUAUGGACAAAGUCAUUUCUCAUUAGCUUCAUGUAUUGAUCUUGGUCUCAGCACGUGCCCCAAUUUCCUCUUCCAUCAUGUUUGCUUCCAUUGGACUUUUCCGAGAAAUUCCAUGUCCGGAAGCUACCGCAUGCCUUUUACCAAAUUGCAUUUUCCUCCAUAAACCCAAGGAGGAAGAUGCUUCUCAACCUUCAAGCUCGGCAACUGACCCUGUUUCAGGAGGAAAUGAGACUGUACAAGCUUCGGGAGAAACGAGCGAUCAACGUAAAAGAAGGCGUGUGGAGAAAGCUGAUUCAAUACUUUCAGCCGAAUCGAAUGAUUCCAGAAGACCUAUCAGAGAGAAACCAGCUGACCUUGCUCGGCCGUCAGCCGAUGAUGCAAGGCAUGACUCCAAGUCCAAUAUCAAAUUGCAGCAAAAGACAAAACCGUCGCUUGCAUCUUCCACUAGACCAAUUUCACCACCGCCUCGCCGGAAUUCUGCACUCUCAAAUGAAAUAAAGGCAAAUCGUGGAAAGGAGCAGCAGAAGCCAGUUGCCGUCCCCAAGUCUGCUUCUGUGGCAAGCCCAAAGCGCGUCGUGGAAGAGUCGUUGAAUCCAAGACUAUUGGCACAGCCUCCAGCUUCCCAUGCCAUCCGUGCCGUCAUCCUUCAAAAGCUGCACGAGCAGCUCAAAAGGCUCAAUGACGAACUUGCACAGAGCUCAGAUCCGGACACCAAGUCUCUGCUUCUGUCCGAUCAGGAUCUGAUAAAGAUGGCUCUCGAUGAAGAAGAAAAGGUUGCCCGUGAAAGUCCCUCGGUAUACUCCAAUGUCAUAAAGCUGAGAAUCGUCCAUCUCAAGAAGACAAAGGUGACCGAUUGGAAAGAAGCACGGAUCAAAGCUAUCAAGGAGUCGACUGCGGCAGCACAAAGGGGGCCGGAAGAACAAAAAGCCCCGAAGCCGAUAGAAACCGGGCUCACUCCCUCUGAGGAGCUCUCAAUUGCUCCCAGGCUCCUCUCGAAGCAGGAUGGCCUGCAAAAAUUCGGUUACGUCAUUGAACCUCCUACCCCAGCUGAGAUUGCUUCAGCAAAAGAGGGCGUUGAGUCUGCUCGUGGAUGGGAACAGUGUGACCGCUGCAGGACCCGCUUUCAAGUGUUUCCCGGUCGUAGAGAAGCAGACGGUGCCUUGACUUCUGGAGGAAAAUGCUCAUAUCAUCAUGGUCGCAUACUUCGUCCGUCCAGCACUCGCAUGGAUGCUACAAAGGCUCCAUCGGAGGUGCUUUAUACAUGCUGCAAUGAAGUCGUGGGCACUUCAAGCGGCUGCUCUGUUGCCGACACCCAUGUUUACAAGAUCUCAGAUCCAAAACGACUUGCAUCUGUCCUGCAAUUCGAAAGGACCCCACCUAACUCCAAGGUUCCAGCUGGAAAGGCAUAUGGGUUUGAUUGCGAAAUGGGCUACACGGUUCAUGGGCUGGAACUUAUCCGCCUUACCCUUACAGCAUGGCCUGGAGGUGAGGAGGUCCUUGACGUCCUGGUUCGACCAAUUGGAGAGAUUCUCGAUCUCAAUUCCCGCUUCUCCGGUGUAUGGCCUGAACAUUUUGCAACGGCUUUGCCUUACGAGAAGAACGCUUCACAUAAAGCCGGGAACCUACAAGCCUCCACCCCGUCUCUCCGAGUUGUGCCUUCACCUGCUGCUGCUCGGUCUCUUUUAUUCGAGCAUUUAUCACCGCAGACACCUCUUAUCGGCCAUGCGCUCGAAAAUGAUCUCGUUGCGACGCGAAUCAUCCACCCAUCUAUAAUUGACACAGUACUUCUUUAUCCCCAUCCAAAAGGCCUUCCCAUACGAUACGGUCUUAAGAUGCUUGUGGCGAAGCAUCUCCAUAGGCUCAUUCAGACUGGUGGCGAAAGGGGUCAUGAUAGCAAAGAGGAUGCAAGAAGCGCGGGCGACCUUGUCCGGUUUAAGGUGGCAGAGUGCUGGCAGCAAAUGCGCAGGGCAGGGUGGUCAGUCUCCAACGGGAUUUUCUACCCACCUGCUGCGCCAUUGAGCGCGGGAGACCCAACAAUGUGUCUGGGCACUGCGCAAGAAGGGGCUAGGAAGAGAGAUGCCAGUCAAAUGGAGGACCAGGGGCGACACCUUCCCACCUGAGAGUUAUAUGGCCAUCGGAGACAACUACGAGGGAAAAAAAAAAUGCAGGCAAAGUCUAAAUUUAAUCGAUGCACAUGCAGCGCAUCACGAUGCUACCU